AUGGUUACAAGCGUGUGCCCCUGGUUGAUCACCAUAGGUAUCGUGUCCGCUUCGUUGGGCUCUGCAAUGGGAAGCCUUGUCAGUGCGUCGAGAAUUUUUCAGGCGGUAUGCGAAGACAAAUUAAUUCCCCUUAUUACGUUCUUCGCGAAAGGAUAUGGUCCGGGAAACGAUCCACGAAGAGCCUAUGCCCUCUGCUUCCUCAUUACAAUCGCUGUCUUAAUGAUAGACAUCAACUGGGGCACAUCCACUACGGCUACCACGUACAAACAUGCUUUUAAUGGAGUGAUGAAACUUACCAAGAACGAAACUCAUGUGAAGAAUUAUCGCCCACAGGUUCUCGUAUUGAGCGGAGCUCCACACGAGAGGCCGCCUUUGAUUCAACUGGCUUACAGCAUCACUCGGGGAGCAAGUCUGUUAAUGUGCGGGAAUGUCAUACACGAACCGACCUCUCUUGAGGCUAGCAAUCAGCUGGCAACAGCCCGUCGGAUAGAAGAAAUGUCGCAAAAAGUACUGCGAAGGGAACACAUUAAAGGCAUCUGCAAAGUGGUCGUUGCUCCGUCAUUGGAAAACGGUUGUACUAUGCUCUACCAGAUCUGCGGUCUGGGUCGGAUGUCGCCGAACAUCGUGUUGCUUGGCUUCAUGGAAAGCGCGCUGAAAAGCGGAGACGACACUGGGUUGUCGAAAAGGAAUGAAUACUUGCACAUUAUA